GGAGUAACAAUAAUUUAUUCAAUCUAAGUACUUUGCUUUUUUUCCUUUUCUUUUUUCUCGCUCUCCUUUUCGCCUUUUCUUCUUUCUUUUCCUUCUCACAUCCCUUUCACCCAAUUUUUAUUCUUCCUGUACUGUACUUUAUCAAGCGUCAAUCCCUUUCUUGCUGCGUCUUUCCCACCUUUCGUCGAGCCAAUACGUAAAAGCAUCAGCAAAGAUUCCGAAAUCCCAAAGUACCUUCCUGGUUUAGGUCGUUAGGCACAUUUACUGCCGCUAAUCGACUACGUAAUAAUCGUCAACUCGGAUUUCUUUGGUGGCUCUCUAAUCGGGAACGAGGCUCUAAGCCUCUUCAAAGAAUCAAAUGUCCGACUUCAUCCACAUUGCUGGAUGGACUCAAUAUAAUCAUCGCCGGUCCUUGCAACAUAUACGCUCUCUCUCGGGUUCUUCUACCAAGACGAUAACGAAAUCCAUAUCGACGACCACCCUGCCUACGAUGGCGACAGUAUCAAACGCCCCUGGAAUACCUACGCCGAGGAAUUUCGCUCCCUAUAUGGAUCAUGAGGAGAAUUUGAGCACUCUUCCGGACCCUCGGAGUAGAGUCUCGUCACCCACAAUCGACGGCCCCGUCGCGAACCAAGAACAGUAUCAAGAGCUGAGCAAUGCACAUUUGAGCGACGAGGUUACAACCCUGAGCAAAAAGCUUAUAAACGCCAUAAAUCAACAGACAACUCUCGACGAUAGUCUAAGCGCCACUCGCCAUGAGCUGGAGACUUCAAGAGAACGAACGAAACAGCUUGAACGGGAAAAUCGAGAGCACAAAGCCUUAGUGUCGAAUAGAGUACUAAUACGGAGCUCAAUAGCUGAAGCCGAGAAGGCUAAACUCAAUGCGACCCUGACGGAAGAGAGGAAUAAAAGAAGGGAAGUCGAGAAAGAAAAGAAGAGUAUCGAGCUAGAAUUGGAGAACCUCACCACGGCUUUAUUUGAGGAGGCGAACAAGAUGGUCAUCACGGCUCGAGAGCAAGCACAGAAGGAAUAUGAUAUCGUAAACAAGAAGAACGAUCAAUUAAAAGCACAACUUCAAGAGGCAGAGAAUUUACUAAAGUCACAACAAGAACAGUUGGCAGAAUUGAAGCAAGUUAUGGAACACAUGACCGAGGAACAGGAUGAUCAAACAAACCAAACAAAUGGCACUGCGCCAUCAACUCCAGCUUUAAAUCAAACCGAUCGCAAAGAAGAGAAUAUGCACAACUCGGACUCAAUACAAUCUUCUUCCAUUCCAGAACCGGUCUCGCCUUCAUAUCCCACGAGCUUCUUGCACCUAAUUCAACCAGUCCUUCGAACUGACCUUGGAGCUUACGAUGAUUUUAUCUCUCUACUGCGUAUGUCAAGGAAUGUGGUUGGGAGUCGCGUUUCUAGUGGAUCUUAUGGAGGAAUUGGUUUAGGGUUAGGAUUGGGAGCAUACACUGGAUCCUCAACACAUGCGCCAAACAACGGGUCAACAUCUUCCAUCUCAACAUUGGGCACAUUUGGAUCCUCCCCCGCAACACCAACUACACCAGCCUCAAAUGUGAGCUCGAGCUCAAGAGAUGGUCCCAAUUCUCUGACCCCAUUGAAGGAAACGAAAUUUUAUAAACGAGCUCUCGCUGAAGAUAUCGAGCCCACGCUUCGUCUCGAUAAUGCCCCAGGACUUUCUUGGCUCGCUCGAAGGACAGUCCUAAAUGCAGUAUGUGAAGGGUCGCUUGUUGUUGAACCGAUGCCUUCAUCUAUAAAGCCAUAUGCAUUCCCCUGCUCUCUUUGUGGCGAAGCCCGAAAAGGCCCAGAACAUAUCAGAAGCCAUAGAUUCCGAACGAGCGAGAGCGACAAUGCGCAAAGGUACCCCCUAUGCCUAUAUUGUCUUGGACGCGUUCGUUCAACUUGCGGGUUUAUGAGCUUUUUACGUGUUCUUAAAGAAGGUCACUGGAGAGGUGAGGAUGAGGAGUCUGACAAAUCCGCCUGGGAAGAGAGUGUUAGGUUAAGAGAACGGAUGUUCUGGUGCCGUGUUGGCGGCGGGGUCAUUCCAUGUGUACAAUCUUGGAAUCAAGAGUCAUCUAGGAGUCCUCGCUUAAGUGACGAGGAAAGAAGACGCAAGAUCAGUGGAGAAUCGGACAGGUCUAUCGAAAUAAUACCCAGGGACAUUACACCAACCAGUGAGCUCUCGCCCGUCAACGUAACCGGUUUUGGGAGAAGGUCAGGUGAUGGAGAGAUCCUCCCUAGUCCCCUUCGGGAGGAAGUAGAGAGGUCUGUUGUUCCAACAGUCGAUUCUGAGUUGGAGGAUCGGGAAGCAGAGGAGGAAGCAGCACCGGCGACGGUACCCAAACAACAAUUGGAAUCGGAAGUUGCAGAGGAUUCUAGUGUUGUGAUUCCCGAAAAUGAAACUGAAGUGGAAGACGAAGACGAAGACCAAGACACGGAACAAAUCAGCAAUGCAGAAGAUUUUCAUGAUGCAAAUGAAGUGGAACACAUUGAACCAGAAAAAACAGGGAACACGGAAGAUGUUCACAACGCAACCGUAGAAACGGCACAAUCCGAGCCCUCAUUACACAAUGAGGAGUCUAUCGCAAGCAGUGACGACACAGAAAAGCUUUCAAUCGCCAUACCUGGAGCUUUUUAAUAGCCCAAUUCGAGUUGGCAUUCAGUAUCAUGUUAUGAUUAAUAAUUGUUGGGUUUGAGUCUUUUUGGAGUUUGGCAAAAGGAGGGAUGGAAUUCUACAUGGUUCUAAUGGCUCAUUGCCGGUUGAAAUGCAUUGGCGUUAUUUUGCAUGGGUUAAUCGGCGGUACAUACUAUACCUUGCUUAUUGUACAUAAUAAUGGAUUACGAGGGGGACAAUAGCAAUGGCUGGGUUGUCGGCAUGUAUGAUGCCACAAUUGCUAUGGGUGCUAUGGAAUAAAAUAAGAUUAAUGCUAUGGGAUAAUAGAAGACAUAUGAUAUGCUUCUUGUGUAAACAUUUUGGCCCAAUCCUGUUUUAAUUGUGAUUAUCGGUGAUCAGCUGUGGACCGAAGUGAGCGAGUAAAGUAGCAUGGAAUAGGUUCGCUGGCCACUAAAGCA